AAUUCACCACCUUCCUUACCCUCCCUCCCUAUAUAAAUUCCCAUCUCCUGCCAUGCAAUCUUCGCUCACUUCCACCUUUCACAACACGUCUUCUCAAUCUCUAUUCCAAAACCUAUCCCAUUUUUUCUCCUCUUUUACCCAUUCAUUCAUUCCCAAUUGACUCAUUCUCAUAAAAAAAAACCGUUUCAUUCUAUUAUUUUUCCAUUAGAUCCGCAUGUUUUGCUUAACCUUACAAACUUAAUUUCUCUCAUUAACCUCAUUAUCAUUAUUUCCCGUUCCUAUUCAUUCAUUCUCUCAAUUAACCUUGUUUCAUUACCCUUAAUUAAUCCUUCUUCUGAUUGUUAGUUGUGGGGAUUCAUUUGUUCAUAGAACGGUUCGUUUGGUUCUUCUCCAUUUUUCAUUAGAUCUAUCACUGUCAUCUUUUGGGGGGGUAGCCGGGGCUUUUGCCUCGGCGGGUUUCAAAGCCCCCAUUUCACAAACCUAAUUACAAAAAACAUCACAACCCUAAUUUUUCUUUUCAAUUUUAACCUAAUUUUUCAUUCGGUUGCGUAAGAGAUGCCGGCUUUAGCUUGUUUUGUGGAUGCUGCUGCUGCAGUUCUUCCUCCUCCUUCCGGAUACGCUCUCGCCGGAGAUUCAACUCUUCCGCCGCCUCUCACAUUUACGACAGCAACAACUGACGGUGUCGAUGAUGAUUCCGAUUCAGCUUCCAAUUGGUCUCCUUCACUUUCCAGCAAACUGUUCAAAAUUGACGGAUGGGGAUUUCCGUAUUUCGGCGUCAAUAACGCCGGAGAUAUCGCCGUUAUGCCACAUGGCGCGGCGACGAUGUCUCAUCAGGAGAUUGAUUUGCUGAAAGUUGUGAAAAAAGCUUCCGAUCCGAAAUGCUGUGGUGGACUCGGGUUACAGCUUCCUCUUGUUGUUCGAUUUCCUGAUGUUUUGAAGAAUCGUCUUGAAUCGAUUCAAGGUGCUUUUGAUGGUGCAAUUCAAUUGCAAGGGUAUGAAUCUCAUUACCAAGGUGUUUAUCCUGUGAAAUGUAAUCAGGAUAGGUUUGUUGUCGAGGACAUUGUUGAAUUCGGGUCAGGUUUUCGCUUUGGGUUAGAAGCUGGUUCUAAGCCUGAAUUACUUCUGGCUAUGAGCUGUUUGUGUAAAGGUAACAGAGAAGCUUUUUUGAUUUGCAAUGGUUUUAAAGACAGUGAAUAUAUUUCUCUGGCUUUGGUUGCGAGAAAGCUUGCUUUGAAUACUGUUAUUGUUCUUGAGCAAGAGGAAGAGCUUGAUAUGGUGGUUGAGAUUAGCAACAAGCUGUGUAUUCGUCCUGUGAUCGGUGUUCGUGCAAAGCUGAGGACGAAGCAUUCGGGCCAUUUUGGUUCGACUUCUGGUGAUAAAGGUAAAUUUGGUUUAACUACAAUUCAGAUUUUGCGUGUGGUGAAGAAACUUGAACAAUUAGAUAUGCUUGAUUGUCUUCAAUUGUUGCAUUUUCAUAUUGGUUCUCAAAUUCCCACCACUGAAUUGCUUGCUGAUGGUGUUGGAGAAGCUGCACAGAUUUACUGUGAAUUGCUUCGUUUGGGUGCCCAGAUGAGAGUUUUAGAUAUUGGGGGUGGUUUAGGUAUAGAUUACGAUGGUUCCAAGUCAGGUGAUUCUGAUAUAUCUGUUGCUUAUGGUAUAGAAGAGUAUGCUGCAGCUGUUGUUCAUGCUGUUAAGUAUGUAUGUGAUCGUAGGAAUGUGAAUCACCCUGUGAUUUGUAGUGAAAGUGGUAGGGCCAUAGUGUCUCAUCAUUCCGUUUUGAUUUUCGAGGCUAUUGGUGCAAGUUCAAACAAAGCACCUUCAUUGUCCUCCAUUGGAUUGCAGUACUUAGGAGAAGGGCUCUCUGAGGAAGCCCUUGCAGAUUAUCAGAACAUAUCUGCUGCCACCCUUCGCGGUGAACAUGAAGCUUGUUUGCUCUACACCGAUCAAUUCAAGAAACGUUGUGUUGAGCAAUUCAAGCAAGGUACUUUAGGGAUUGAACAGCUUGCUGCAGUGGAUGGUUUGUGUGAUUUGAUUACGGAGACAAUUGGGGCAAAGGAUUUGGUUAAGAAGUACCAUAUGAAUCUUUCUGUGUUCACAUCCAUUCCUGAUUUUUGGAGCAUAGAUCAGUUGUUUCCCAUAGUCCCCAUUCAUCGUCUGGAUGAGAAACCAACUGCAAGGGGUAUUUUAUCUGACUUGACUUGUGACAGUGAUGGGAAGAUUGACAAGUUCAUUGGUGGUGAGUCAAGCUUACCACUUCAUGAAUUGGAAGGACACGGUGGAGGAUACUAUCUGGGAAUGUUCUUGGGCGGGGCUUACGAGGAGGCGCUUGGUGGGUUGCACAACCUGUUUGGUGGCCCUAGUGUUGUUAGGGUGUUACAAAGCGAUGGUCCACACGGUUUCGCAGUGACGCGUGCCGUAUCCGGACCAUCUUGUGCAGAUGUCCUUCGAGUGAUGCAGCACGAGCCGCAGCUCAUGUUUGAGACGCUUAAGCACCGAGCACUUGAGUUUUGUGAACAGCACGAUGAUGACAGUGUGGUGAAUGCAGCUGGUUUGGCAAAUAGUCUAGCUAGAUCCUUCGACAACAUGCCUUAUCUGGUUUCAUCCACAACUUGUUGCUUGAAUGCUCUCACUAACAAUGAUGGUUUUUACUACUGUUCUGGUGAUGAUUUCAGUGCUGCAGAUUCUGCUUCUGUUGUUACUUCUGUUGCUGGAGAAGAUGAGCAUUGGAAUUAUUGCUGUGCUUGAGUUUCGUCUUUUAGCAUUCCCUUUACAUUAUGAUGUUGUUGGUUGUCGUUAAGGUGGCCUGUUUUUUUUUUAUCAUUCUAUGUUGUUUUUUUGUUUUUUUUAGUAAACGAUGUAUGAAGAAGCAGAACAGGGUCAUUAUGUGCCCUUUGUUUUUGCCAUUUCGGCAUCUUAAUGUUCAUUUCUGUCAUGUGUAGACUUUCAAAUUUCUAGUGUAGACAAUUUUUGUUGCUUUAAUUUUUAUGUUUAGAAUAAACAAUUCAACUUCUUAUUCA